UGAAAUAAAAAAUUCGAUUGGCUUAUCAAAAGCUACAAGCUGAAUAUUCUGAGUUGUAAAUCAUAAAUACAGCGCAACACUGUCCUUUUUCUAAAAAAAUGAAGAUGGACGAAGACGCGACUGUCAUGGGUAAACUUGAGUGUCUUAAAGAAAUUAGAACUCGGACUAUUCAAAUGGAAAAACUGAAAUCUCGAUUGAGGCAAGAAAUUGAAGCGACUGAAAGUGAAGAGAAAUGUUUGAUGGAAUAUCGUCAUGAAAUGGAAUUGCUUCUACAGGAAAAAAUGGCUCAUGUUGAAGAAUUACGACAAAUUCAUGCUGACAUUAAUGUGAUGGAGAAUGUCAUUAAACAAUCAGAAGAAGAUCGUAACAAGCAUUUGGAAAAUGCUAAGCAACUUCAUCAUGAAUACAAGCCUGUCAAAGAAAUCGUCGAUUCUCUGAGGCAUGAAAUUGGUCUCUCUAAAUUACUCGAAUUACACGAGGAAGAUGAAAAUUUCAAACCAGAGUUUUUUGAAAAGCAGAAGACUGAAUGGCAGAGUGAAAUUCCAGAACAAGCAUUACCAUCGUCUUUAACAGCCAGUGCUUCUACCCAACAACUGCAAGCUGGUCGCAGCAAACCUCUGCAAGAUCGUCCUCAGCCUGCAGCUUUUCGACAACAGCCACCCCCUAUGAAGUCUUGUUUGUCAUGCCAUCAACAAAUCCAUCGUAAUGCUCCCAUUUGUCCUCUUUGUAAGGCUAAAAGUCGUUCACGCAAUCCUAAGAAGCCAAAAAGAAAACUGGACGAUUGAGAUAAAAUCACAAGAAGAAGAUCAUAGUUUCAUUCCUCUUCGUUUUUUUUAAAUGUGUAUUGCAUCUAUAAUCCAGUGUUUGUGCCAAAUCGUAACUGUGUUUCACUUCAAAUAUCCGUUAUAGCAUUUAUUUAUCUUAGUAGAAUGUUUCCAACACUUAUUUAUUACGCAUAAUUAAUCUUGAUGUCACUUCAUAGGAAAUCUUCUGUAUGUGUAAAAUAGUCAGAAUAAAAUGUUUUUUUUCACGUUA